AUGACCUGUCAUGACUGCUGGGGAUAUGGGGAGAAAGAUGGCCCUUCUGAGUGGUGCAACUCUUAUCCCAUUGCCGAAGGCAGCCACCAGUCCCCCAUAGAUAUCAUUCCCACGCAGGCUAUUUAUGACCCCUGUCUGAAGCCCCUUGGCUUUUCCUAUGACUCCUGCUCAUCUCUUGACAUCACCAACAAUGGACAUUCAGUCAUGGUGGAAGUUAAAGGUGUUGAUAAUAAAACAGUUGUCAGUGGGGGCCCACUGGAAGUUCCGUACAGGUUGAAACAGUUCCAUUUUCACUGGGGGUCAAAGCAUGACACUGGAUCAGAGCAUACCGUUGAUGGCAAACCUUUUCCAAUGGAACUUCAUUUAGUUCACUGGAAUGCAAGCAAAUAUAUGAAGUUUGAAGAGGCAGUGACAGCCCCAGAUGGCUUAGUAGUAGUUGGUGUUUUCUUAGAGAUUGGAGAAGAACAUGCUGAUAUGAACAGAUUAACAGAUGCCUUAUACAUGGUCAAAUUUAAGGGGACCACGGCCCAGUUCAAGUGCUUCAACCCAAGUUGCCUCCUGCCACAUUGUCUAGAUUACUGGACUUAUCCAGGAUCAUUGACAACACCUCCCCUUAAUGAAAGUGUGACAUGGAUUAUACUGAAAGAGGUUGUCCAAAUUUCCGACAAACAGAUGGAAAAAUUUCGAACUCUUCUGUUUACCACUGAGGAAGAUGAAAGAAUCCAGAUGGUGAAUAAUUACCGUCCACCUCAGCCUCUUAAGGGAUGAAUUGUCCGUGCGUCAUUCAAAAUGUAAGGCAGAGUGAUGGGCAAGAAGAGCAGAGUAUCCACAGCCCCCUAGAGAACACCAUCCAAGCCAUUGUGGAUAUGGUUUCCUAUAUACACCAACAUCUCAUAUUAGAAUGGAUGACAAGCCAUCAACUACACCAUUGUAAACGAGGCCGCAGCUGACCCAGCCACCAAACCCAACCUCCUUGUACUUAUAAUUACUUGCUUUUGGGAAUAAUAUGUACCUCUAAUUCAGUGGAAUUGUCUUGGGCACCCACAUGGAAACACAGUGUGCAAACAUCUUUAUGAUUGACCUGGAACAAUGCUUCUUUAGCAUGUGCGCCCAAACACCUCUCCCCUACCUAUGGUUUCGUGAUUACAUCUUUGGAAUUUGGCCAUGUGGAAAGCAACAACUUCCA